GAUUGCAUAGAUAGCAUGCGUACGUAACACUCGUAACUACAGUGUGAGUGCGAUUCCACUUCCAGUGAAAUCAUUUUGUCCAGUGUUGCUUCAUAUAGUAGAAGAAUGACAUUCACGAGGAUGUAGUUUCUUCCAUAUAUAUAUUUUUAAUUAUAUUCACGUUCUGCUGCAGUGUCAGUAACUGUGAAAUAAUCUUCAAACUUUUGUAUAAUAGACACGAGAAUUCCGAAAUAUGCAAUUUUUUCUUUUAAACAAUUGAAAUUGCUAUAUGUUCUUGUUAAAGAUUACUUGCAAGUAGAGUGAAAGUUAUUCGUGUCUUUGACCUAAUUCAAUUCUUUAUGACCCUUGGGCAUAAAUGUAUGUGUAUUUGCAACAUUCCAAAUAAGCUUGUUAUAUAAUAAUUAUUGUUGAUAAUAUUAUAUUGUAAUUAACAUAUGGAAAGUGUAGUAUUUAAAUUAUCACAAUGACAAGCACAGAUAUACGUGAUAUAAUUCGAGUUGGAUCUCGGAAAAGCGAGUUGGCUUUGAAACAAACAAAAUAUGUAAUAGAAUGUUUAAAGGAAUAUCAUCCAACAACAGAAUUUCAAAUAGUUACGAUGGCAACUAAAGGAGAUAAAAUCUUAGAUAAAUCUUUACCCAAAAUUGGAGAAAAAUCUUUAUUUACAGAGGAAUUAGAACUUGCACUUGAAAGUGGUCGUGUUGACUUUGUAGUACAUUCAUUAAAAGAUUUACCAACAUCAUUACCAGAAGGAAUGGCGCUAGGUGCAAUAUUAAAACGUGAAGAUCCACGUGAUGCAGUUGUUAUGUCUAAAAAAUACAAAGAUAAAACAUUGUCUACUCUGCCAGAAGGUAGUGUGAUUGGUACUAGUUCAUUACGUAGAUCAGCUCAAUUGGCUAGAAAUAUGCCACAUUUAAAAGUGGAAAAUAUUCGCGGAAAUUUAAAUACUAGAUUAAGGAAAUUAGAUGACGAAAAUGGACCUUUUGCAGCAAUUAUUUUGGCAGCUGCUGGUUUAAAAAGAUUGAAUUGGGAGAAUAGAAUAAGUCAGCUGUUGGAACCAGAAGAAGCAUUAUAUGCUGUUGGACAAGGUGCAUUAGGAGUUGAAUGUCGAGAAACAGAUUGGAAAAUAUUGUCUCUUUUAGAGCCAUUAUAUGAUAUAGAAACAACUUUAAGAUGUGUUUGUGAACGUUCUUUUCUAAAGACAUUAGGUGGUGGCUGCUCAGCACCAGUUGCUGUUUCUUCAACUUUAAAAAAUAAAAUUCUUACUGUUACUGGAGCUGUAUGGUCUUUAGAUGGGCAGAAACUUGUCAAAGGUACUUCUGAAAGUAAACUUUAUAUGCCUGAUGAUGAUGGAGAACCUCCAAAAAAGUGUCCAUAUCGAGAACCACAAUUAUACUGCAGUGUUGCACCUGGCAAAGUAAGCAAUUUAAGUCUUUUGGGUGCUGAACAGCUUGGUAAAGAUCUUGGAAAAGUUCUUAUAGAAAAAAAUGCUCUAGAUGUAAUGGCAGAAGCAAGAAAUACAAUUUUAAAUUCAAAAUAGCGUUAAUAAACAAUAUAAAAAUUAGUUUUUCUUGAUGAUGAAAAAGAAUCUUAAGAACACAAUAGAUAUAUUGGAAGAAUAUAUAUAAUUUACAAAUUUUAAUUCUGAUGUUUCAGUGAUUUUAAAAAUAUAAGAUCUGGCUUAAAAUUCUAUAAUAUAGCGUUUAUUAACUAUAUUUAAUUGCUCAGAUUAUAUUAUGUUUAUUUUUUUAUAAAUGUAGAAUGAAUUGGGCAGAAUUGAUUGUAAUAUUGAAUACAGUUUAAGUAAAAGCUAUACACUGCCAUAUUAUAAUUUUGAAGUUAUGCAGAAUGUUGUACUAUUUAUGACAAUUUUUAUUAUUACUAUGUUUAAAUGAAGUUGAACUUUUUAUAUAUAUAUAUAAAUAAUUCUAUUUUUUUAAAACAAAAAAUCAUUAUCAAGAAAACUAAUUAUAUUAAUAUAAAUAUUGUGAUGAAUAUAUUUAUGAAACAGUAUAUCAUGAAAGAUAUUAAAAAAUUAUAGUUUAUAUUUUAAUUUGGUAAUCAAUAAUAAUAAAUUAAUUCGUUAUUAAAUAGUGUUCGGAUAAGACGAUUCGUUUCAAAUUGAUGAUCAUACUUAUUCAUUAUGAUCUCUCGUUUUUUAGUCUUAUUAUGGAGACUUAUCUUUUUUGAUAUUUUUUUGCUUCCUUUGACUUUUAUUCAAGGUACAUGUUCAUUUAUUUCCUCUGAUGUGAAGGGAAUUAUUUGUACAUACUUUGAUUGAAAGCUAUCUAUAUAGCAAUGGUAACUGAUCAGAUAGCUUCAUGGUUAAUGAGUCAAUGAAAUAAAUAGAAAUAAUAUUUGUAAAAUAUUGUACAUUGUAGUUACUAUGUUAUAUAUUGAGGGACAUUAAAGGAUAUAAAAUAUUGUAUACU